CCGAAAAUGAAGGGUCAAAUUGCCGCAGCAGCUGGUCUGCUCUUCACUGCCGCCAAAGCACAGAGCUCCAUCUACAGUGGAACUGGAUUUGGUACAUACUACUACGACCUCGAGCAGACCGAUGCUUGCAGCACAGAUUUCUCAGUCGCAAACACCGGCCAGGUCGAGUGCAGUCUUACUCAAGUCUACACUUUAGAAAAUGUCAACUCCGAGUACCUCGUGGCCAUGAACCAUACCGAACUUAUCAGUGAUAUGGGCAAGUAUUGCGGCAAAAAGGUUAUCGUCUCUGUCAAUGGCGUUGCAUCAGACUUGCCUCUUUUCAUCGGUGAUGGAUGCGAGCGUUGUGCCACUGGCCCAUCCGAUGGGACAUGGAACCCGACUGGCGCCCCUGGCUUAGACUUCAGUUACACCGUGGCAGACAAAUUAUCAAACCUCGCAUGCAAUGACGGUCAUAUCGAUAUUACUUGGGAAGUCGUUGACGAGACCCUCUACACUUUCGACUACAAC